AUGUCCAAAAAUAAUGACAAACCCGGACCUCGAAAUCUGCUUCCUCAACCGCCGGAGUCCACCGUAGCGCUUCAGUUCAAACAGACAGUUCAUAGGAAGUUCUUGCCUCAUCAUGUUGGCAGCACCCAUCGGCGAUGCCUCCUUGAAUGGACCCCCUUUGAAGAGCGCCCUUCUGCAGCCACUACCUUUUCGCUGGUCAAUCUCAGUGUCAUCAACACACGGACGCCACAGGCCCAGGAUCUUGAAGAGACUGAGGAAAGAGUGCUCACCAUACGUGCGCCACAGAGCUGUCUAGUAAACACUGAUGAAGCUGCCAGUGGGUUUUAUGUGACUCAGGAGACUUGGCUCGAUCCCAACCAAUCACAGCCUCUUCGGGAGGCGGCUGAGGUUGGAAUUGGUGAACGGAUGGUGCGAUUGUUAACGGAAGAACCCACGCCGUCUGCGGCGGUGUUUGCGGAGAAUGUGACCAGUUCUCUGUCAGUCCACUCGCCCCCAAAACAGUGCCCUGCCAUUCAGAGCCAACAGGAAGACGACAACGUUCUGCUUUUGAAUAGGUUCUCCCGACCCGGUUCUUAUCUCUCCCUCAAUAAAGCCAAAGAGGUUUACUUCACACUGACCUCGGAGGAUACGUUGACUGCAACACCGGAUGAAUUUGCCUGCCGAAAAGGGCCCGUGUCGACUUCUGAAUGUCCGGUUCCAACUGUAAGUUGGAUGCUUAAUUUAAGCAGCCUAAGUACUUGCGUCUACCAUGGCUCUGUAAUGGAUCCACACAGUAUGCGCUUAAAGAAGUAUUUUGAGGCAGUAGACAUCUCCACUCUGCCAGAACGCUCUCCGGCCACUGAGGACAGUAUCUCCGAAAUUCAGAAUCAAGAGGCCCCAACUGACCAAAACACUUCUUCGAAGUCUUUCAAGAGCACUCCAAAGGCUUGA